AUGCAACAACGCAGCUGUCAGAUAAAAAAGGUUGAGUAGAAAGUUCUAUAUCUUGUUCUGAAGUUUAUGGAAAUAUUCAAUCCGAAAUACAAAUAACUCAGUUAAUACAGUACUUGUACUUAAAAUACUUACUUUCCAGAGUUAAAGUCUGAGCCGUUCAAUCUAGUUAGUUAAGUUAAUUUAAUUAAAGAUAAUGUUUAUUGUGGAUAUAUUGUGGAUGUUCUACUCUCUUGAUUCCUUACAUGUCAACUUCAAAUUUCAAUUGGGAAAUGGCGCCAUCUGGUGGACAUCGUGAAAAAUAAAUACGACUAAAUAAUUCAACUUAGAGAAAGACGAGGGUGAAAGUUACUGCGUGAACCGGGAAUGUUCCCAACAGGGAAGGACGCCGGUUGUCUUAUAUCAACCAAAUGUGGCUUUACAGCUGAAUUAAAAUAAUUAAUAGUAUAACAUGCUUGCGGAACGAAAAACCGGGCGGCCAGUGUUUCCUUACGGACCUGUUUCUAAACCGCACCUCGAGCUCAUGUGUUUUGGCAGGUUGGGAAAAGCGCUCAGUUCUUGUUGGAUAUUUAUUUAUCUCACUAUUAUUCCUGUGAAACGCGGAUGAACUCCUCCAAUAUGUCCGGAGAUCCCGGUCCGCCCCCGGUCAAAGUAGACUUGGGCUUCCUGGAGGAGGCGGAGCCGUGGCGGCUUCUCUCUCCGCAGUUCCCCAGUAAAGUCGGGGGGAAGCCGGCGUGGCUCAGCCAGAAAGGCCCGCCCUCGCUGCCCGAGCUGGAGUGUGAGAAAUGCCGCCUGCCGAUGGCCUUCCUGCUGCAGGUGUAUGCACCUAUUUCUGGUGAGGACAGAAGUUUCCACAGAACUCUCUUUCUGUUCUGCUGUAAAACCUGUGAGUGCUACACAUGCAACGACAGCAGCUGUAUGAAAGUUUUCAGGUGCCAGCUCCCAAGGAAGAAUGAGUUCUACCCCUACGAUCCUCCAUCAGAGGAUGAACCCCCCAGCGGUCCUGAACCAGACCAGCGUGUGUUGUCCGUCUCUGGAAUUAGACUCUGCUGGGUGUGCGGUUGUCCCGGCAACAAAGCCUGCUCCCGCUGUCAUGCUGUAAACUACUGUGGGAAACACCACCAGACCCUCCACUGGAAAACCACACACAAGAGGGAAUGUUGCACUCCAGAGGCGUCCAUCGUCACAACUUCAAGCUUCCUCUUCCCUGAGUCUGAGCUGGUCAUUGAACCUGAGGAGGAGGAGGAGGAGGAGGAAGACACAAAGGAGGCUGAAGAAGAAAAGGAGGGCGAAGACUGUCCCCCCUCAGCAGACACCCUGGCAGAGACAGACCUGGAGGAGAUGGCUAUGCACGACAACCAAGACCACAAAGUGUUCCAGCAGUUCAAAAAGAGGAUCAGGCCAGAACCUCACCAGGUGGUGCGGUACAGUCGAGGCGGCUCCCCCCUGUGGGUCUCCUCCAAGCACAUCCCUUCAGAUCAGGAUAUCCCAGCAUGCACCUGCGGCGCCAAAAGGACUUUUGAGUUUCAGGUGAUGCCACAGCUGUUAAACAGUCUGUGUGUGGACACGACAGGAGACAGUAUAGACUGGGGGACACUGGUUGUCUAUACGUGCUCCGCCAGCUGUGACCAUGAUGACCAGUACUGCCCAGAGUUCAUCUGGAAGCAGGACUUCAGCUCAGAACCCACAUAACGUCUUCCUGCUGCCGGACCGAGUCCAGGAGACAGUGAUGCUCUGUGAGGGAGGCAGUUUGCACUCUUGCAGUGAUGUCACUUCCUAUUUAGUAGAAUGGACAUAUUCUACAUUCUACUACUCUCCCUGCAGAUUGUCUAAUGUUACACCGGUCAGAUUAAAAUCAGUGUCGAAUUAUUAAGCUCAAGGAGAGUGAGGAUGUUUUUUGAUGGCAGAAAUUCACAUUCUGCACUGAUUGCAUAGAAGUUUAGACUGGAAUUCUAGUUCUGGUUUAUUAGAACUACAAAUUCUGUCAAUCCAUUCAGUGGUAUUUCUGACCUAUGGUUAGGGUUGUCUGUUUCCACUGCCGUAGGUCUAUUAACCCAAAACAAAUAAAACAAUACUCUAUGGCUGAAGUGUUAAUCUACAGUUGAAAUAUUUGCCAAAUAUUCUGGUUUGUUAUAUCUUCACAAUUUACUUUCAGUUGUAAUGUCUCCAUAAAUGUUAGUUAUCAAUACAUUUCCAAGAGUAUAUAAAAGCAUCUAGAAGAAUGUGCAAGUUAACGUUCUACAAAAAUAAAAGUAAAUUCCAUUUUGUCACAUGA